AUGGAAGGAGUUGUUUUACAGACUGUAAUAAUAACGACCUUGGAUCUCAACACCGAAGAACUGGAAAUGGACGCAAUUCGCUCGGUCCAUGAUAGCUUCCCAGUCACUAAUGAAGAUGAAGAGAAGGAUGAAGACGAGAAUGAAGAUGAAGAGGAGGACGAAGCAGUGAAUAAUAACAAAGAUGACGGAGAGACGGAGCGAGAGGGGAAGGAGAUUAUAAAGCCAUAUGAUUUGAUGGAAGAGCUUAGGAAGGAUAAGGAAGAGUUGAAGAAGGAGAGGGAUGAGUUAAAGAAGAAGAGGGAGGAGUUGAAGAAGGAAAGGGCAGAAUUACUAAAUGAGAAGGAAUUAUUGAAGAUGGAGAGAGAUGAACUGAAUAAGAGUGCGCAACUAAAGAUUGAGAAGGAAUUAUUUUUGAAAGAGAAAUAA